AGCGGGCCGGGGUGGGGGAGACGUGAAACGGGGCUGUGACGCAUAAUCCGAACGCGACGGAAAGCGGUUUGGUCCAUAUGCCGCGCCUUCGCCUUGUUGUGAGGGGGGACGAAGAAGGAGGCCUCUGCGCUCGGAGGGAGGCGGCGGCGGCGGCUGCAGUUCUGGAACAGGAUGUCGGGGUUUUGGGGAAACUCUCCAAAUGAACGAAGUGGCUUUUCUUCCCGGAUGUUGAGCUAAAGCAUUUUACCAUGGGCCAGCAGCUCUCAAGUCAGACACACACUGUUAUAAAUAAGCUGCCAGAAAAAUUGGUCAAACAUGUAUCUCUGGUUCGAGAAAGUGGCUUUUUGACGUACGAAGAAUUUUUGGGGAGAGUUGCAGAACUUAAUGACACGACUGCAAAGCUGGGUUCUGGCCAGGACAAACAUCUCUUGUUUGAAGUGCAGCCAGGCUCAGAUGCCUCUGCUCUGUGGAAGGUGGCUGUUCGUGUAGUAUGUACAAAGAUAAACAAGACGAGUGGAAUUGUUGAAGCGUCAAGAAUAAUGAACUUGUAUCAGUUCAUUCAGCUUUAUAAUGAUAUUACAAGUCAGGCAGCAGGUGUUCUUUCACGGAUGGAUGCUUCAGAAGGAGCUGCAGAGGAUCUAUCAUCUGUUGCUUCUUGCCAGGCCAGCCUUUGGAUGGGAAGGGUCAAGCAGCUGACUGAUGAGGAGGAAUGUUGCAUCUGCAUGGAUGGACGUGCUGAUCUGAUCUUGCCGUGCGCCCACAGCUUUUGUCAGAAAUGUAUUGAUAAAUGGAGUGGUCGUCACAGGAAUUGCCCUAUAUGUCGUCUGCAAGUGACUGCAGCAAAUGAUUCUUGGGUUGUGUCUGAUGCACCUACAGAAGAAGAUAUUGCUACCUACAUACUCAACAUGGUAGAUGAGGCUGGUCAGCCGCACAGACCUUGACACUUCUGCUGAGUUUGUAGUUUUAACAUUUCCUAAGAUUUCUUUAUCAUUGCUGCUCUUUGUUUUGCUCAUUUGUUGUAUUAGCUCCUGCAAACAAUCUUCAAAACUGACCACUUUUGUGAGAACUAGUUUGAGUUCAUACUUUUCAGUUUCCUCUUAUUAAGCUCUGUGAGUAACAGAAGAAAGUACACAGUGAAUUCUCUAAUAUUUUAUAAGCACUGGGAUAGCUAAUAUUUUAGUUUAGCUCUUUGUUGACUCGUUGAAUAUUGCACUUUGUUAUUGAAAGCUUUGGGGUAGUUAGAUUGUGUUUCUGGCAUUGCACUGAGAAGCUAUCCUUUACACAAAUAUGUGUGCUUGCACAAAUAAGAACUGAUGAUACUCCUACAUAUAAGUUUCACUAACUUCUGUUGGCCCAUUAUGUUAAUAUUUAACACGUUUGUUUGAAAAACUACGUUCUGUAGUGUGUUCUUUAUUCAAAAUUCUGUGAUAGCAUAUUCUUUUGAUCAGUAAUUAGCUUUACUGCUUCUGUUCGGAGAGAAUAAAAUUUUAGGCAACUUUAAAUAACACUAGCACUUCCAGUAUCUCCAUGAAAGUCAGAGGGUUGGAGCCAGCAAAACUUCCUGCAGACAGAAGGCUCUUUCAUCAGUGGAGAGCAGAGUUUGCCCACUGGCCAAAUCUAGUCUCUGAAAUCCUGUUUUCCUAAAAAAAAGUUUUAGGAUCUCAUUUGGUGACUAUGGAGGAAUUGGAGAAUAGACUGUACUAACCUCCCACUCUGUUUACAAGAGUGUUUUGGAAUUCUACUCCCUUGCUUUUGCUAGUAGAAUAAAAAGCCAGAUACAUUCAGUAGUAGUUUACAUUUGCUAAUAGAUCUACCCAUUCUUAAAGAUCUGUUUUUUUAAACGAUGCCACUGUAAUUCAAAAAAAGAUGGUGACUGAAAGCAAAUACAUGGUGCUUGAAUCCUUUCUGCAAGUGCAGUGUGGAUAAUUGUAAUGGGAAGGAAUAAUUAUAUAUGAUUAUGAUAUCUUUGCUUUAAGGUCGUAAGAAAGGAGAACACUGAAGCCUCUAGAAACCUUGGUGCUGGGUCUUUUAGCAAAGUGUCUUCUGGUGAUUGACCCUCUUGUUUUGGGCUUAUCUGCUAGCAAUAGUAAAUUAGUGCGGCUAUUUUAUAUUUCCUACAAUGGCCCCAAGCAAAAUGUCAUGGAAACUUGUAAUGGCAGUUUGCACAGCUAACCACCUGGUACAGGGACCUUGGAUGCUGUUUCCAGAUGUGGUUGGUACAGCAAAGCCAUUUUUAAUCUGGAUCUUUAAAAUUUAAGAAAAUGGGCUGGGACGUUUUUGAAAGCAAAUUAAUACAAUUGAGACCGCUUGAUAUUUUUAAUUAUAAAAUUGCUGUCCUCACUACAUGUUUACAGAUAGAUAAUGGCUGAAAAACAACAGAGGUUGGGACUGAACGUGUACACUUCAGAAUAUGGUGGCUUGCUAGAGAUUCUUAAAUUCAACCUAAAGUCAUUAAGAUGACAGAGAUUAUCUUGCUUCUCAUCUAAUUUUGUUUACCCAAGAAAAGAUGUAGUCAGCAGUUCAUUCACUAAACACAGAGAAAGAUUUUACUUUGAACUUUGUUAUGGUGCAAUCCUCAUGGAUUUUGCUUAGAAACAUUUCUCAGUGCAAACUGAUUUGUAAUGGAUUAUAAAUAUGAAGGGAGUAUUUCUUUCUUCCACAAAACUUAUUGUAUGUGUCACAACCACACCCAAUAUUUGUAACUGGUAGUGUUGUGGCAGAAGGACCUAUUUUUUAAAAAAACCUGCAUUUUGAAAACAAUAAGCCAUUAUUCAUUCUUCCCUGUUGAGGGAUUAUCUUGGAUUCACUGCAUAUUUUGCUACUGCAAGACUGUAGUAUUAAAUUCUUUAAACCACUUCUCUUAGUUAUGGGUAAUUACAAAUAGUCAUGGUAAACAUUAUGAAUGCUAGAGUUUGAAAAGUUGGAAUCAUUAAAAUUUCAGUUAUAUAGAUAAUAUAAAACAAUAGGGGUAAUUAGAACAAUAGGGGUAUAUAUAACUGUAAUAUCAGUAACAGAAAAGCUUGUAAAUAUGUGUAUAGAGAAUAUGUAUGUAAACAUUGUAGUGUGUAUAACUUUUUAAAUUAAUUAAUUUAAUUUAAGUAAUGUUCUGUGUACCUUGUAAAAGUGUAUGUACUAUAGGUCUGCCUUGCAAAUUAUGUAAGGAGAAAUUUCCUACAAAGUGGUUAAUUCUUCUGUGCCACUAGUGUUCCUCUCCCUGUGGCCUAUCUCCAACAUUGUGGAGUUGUGCCCCUCUGUCUCUGAGUAGUAAAGGACUGCCAGUGAAACUGCAGGAAAAGAAAAUUGCUCCUCAGAAUGUGAGACAAGGUACAGUUUCCUGCUGGCUGUAUUUGCCCAUGGGCUUUUGGCACAUGCCUAUACUGUACAUGCAAACAUAUGACAGAAUUACACGCACUGUGGUUACAAUGCAUGUCUACUAAAAAUACAACUUAACUGUAUAAAAUUGCAUAACUGACUAUUGGAAGAAUACUGGUUUAUCACCUGAAUCAUGAUGGGUUUUAGAAAUGAUUUUGUGAAUUUGAGAGCUGAAUUCCUGCUUUUAGAGCAGAAAAAAAUGCAUUCCUUUGUUUAGCGUGACUGUGAAUAUUUCCUAAGAGUUUGAUAAAAAGACUGUUAAUACCUAUAAGCCUUCUGAUGUAUUAUUGUUAUGGAUACUGUGCAAUAAAACACUUGGAUUUCCUUCA